AUGAGCGCGAUUGACUUUCAGUACCGGGAUGUUGACGGGGUGUUUGCCGGCGCCGAGCGCAAAGGCGCGGUGUGCUUCAUAGACGUCAAGGCCACAAAGUGGGAUUCGCCCAAGCUCGGGCCCAUAAUCAGCGAGCAGCAGUGGGCAAAGGCACGCCUGGUGCACCGCAUGCCGGGGCGCCAGGCGCUGUUUGCAAUUGUGUGGGUUUGGGAUGUCAGAAGCGAGGCGCCCAAGUAUGAGAUCUGGCUGGACCCCGCAGAUAUGGUCCUGAGCACGCACCUGACCCUGUCGCGAUCCUCGACAAGUGGCUUCCAACUGAUGCGCCGCCGAGAGUGA